UGCGCUCACUCGCCUGGCUUUUGUUCCCGGCAUCUGACUUCUGACGGCAGGGUGGAUUUGGAGGUGGUGGCGGCGUCCUUUCGGGCCUCCCAGGGUCGAGCUUUUCCUGAGACUCCCAGACGCGGAGGCCCCGGAGGCAUUCCUGCCCAGCACCGCCGCCGCGGAGGGGUCAGCGCUCGCCGCAGCUGUCCUCGCCUGGCCGGGCCGGGCUGUCCGCGGGCUCCUGGGGCGGCCAUGCGGCUGCGCGCCCUGACCCCGGGGCCGCCUGGAGGGUGCGCGCGCGGGGCCGGGGCUCGCCGGCACCGUCGCCAGCCAGAAGAAUUAGCUUCGAGUCUGCACAGUUUUAAGAACAAGGCCUUCAAAAAAGCCAAAGUCUGUGGAGUUUGCAAACAAAUUAUUGACGGUCAAGGGAGUUCAUGCCGAGCCUGCAAGUAUUCGUGCCACAAGAAAUGUGAAGCCAAGGUGGUGAUUCCCCGCUGCGUACAAGUCCCCCCGGAGCAGGCUCCAGUGGGUUCCUCACCACCUGCAUCUCUCUGCGGUGACAAGCCGUCCAGGCCUGCCGCGCUGAACCCCACCAUGGAGGACGGCCGCGAGCUGGACCUCACCUACAUCACUGAGCGCAUCAUUGCCGUGUCCUUCCCUGCGGGCUGUUCCGAGGAGUCCUACCUGCACAACCUGCAGGAGGUGACGCGCAUGCUGAGGUCCAAACAUGGGGACAACUACCUGGUAUUGAACCUUUCGGAAAAGAGAUAUGACCUCACAAAGCUUAACCCAAAGAUUCUGGACGUGGGCUGGCCAGAGCUGCAUGCGCCACCCCUGGAUAAGGUGUGCACCAUCUGCAAGGCCCAGGAGUCCUGGCUGAACAGCGACCCCCAGCACGUGGUCGUCAUCCACUGCAGGGGUGGAAAGGGACGCAUCGGAGUGGUCAUUUCAUCCUACAUGCAUUUCACCAACGUCUCGGCCAGCGCUGACCAGGCCCUCGACAGAUUUGCAAUGAAGAAGUUUUAUGACGAUAAAGUUUCAACUUUGAUGCAGCCUUCCCAGAAGCGGUACGUGCAGUUUCUCAGCGGGCUCCUGUCGGGGACGGUGAAAAUGAACGCCUCUCCCCUUUUCCUGCACUUCGUCAUCCUCCACGGCAUCCCCAACUUUGACACGGGUGGAGUGUGUCGGCCCUUUCUGAAGCUCUACCAAGCCAUGCAGCCCGUGUACACGUCAGGGAUCUACAACAUUGGCCCAGAAAACCAAAGCAGGAUCUACAUUGCCAUAGAGCCGGCCCAGCUCCUGAAAGGGGACAUCAUGGUGAAGUGCUACCACAAGAAGUACCGCUCGGCCACCCGCGACGUCAUCUUCCGCCUGCAGUUUCACACCGGAGCGGUUCAGGGCUACGGGCUUGUAUUUGGAAAGGAGGAUUUGGACAAUGCCAGCCAAGAUGACCGUUUUCCUGACGAUGGGAAGAUUGAGUUAGUCUUCUCAGCCACUCCAGAGAGGAUUCAAGGGUGUGAGCAUUUGCGCAACGACCACGGAGUGAUCGUGGACUUCAACACAGCAGACCCGCUGAUCCGCUGGGACUCGUACGAGAACCUGAGCGCAGACGGUGAAGUGCUGCACACUCAGGGCCCUGUCGACGGCAGUCUUUAUGCCAAGGUGAGGAAGAAAAGCGCCUCGGAUCCCAGCGUCCCAGGGGGUGCCCCGGCCAUCCCAGCCAGCAGCCCAGACCACGGUGACCACACGCUUUCUGUCAGCAGCGACUCGGGCCACUCCACCGCCUCGGUGAGGACCGACAGGACAGAGGAGCAUCUGGCUCCAGGACCCAAGAGGGGUCUGAGCCCCCAGGAGAAGGCUGAGUUGGAUCAGCUGCUUAGUGGCUUUGGCCUAGAGGAUUCUGGAAGCCCCCUCAAGGAUAUGACCGAUGCUCACAGCAAGUACAGCGGGACACGCCAUGUUGUGCCAGCCCAGGUCCAUGUGAAUGGAGACGCAACGCCGAAGGACCGGGAAACGGACAUCCUGGACGACGAGAUGCCCAGCCAUGACCUGCACAGCGUGGACAGCAUUGGGACCCUGUCCUCCUCGGAGGGGCACCAGUCGGCCCACCUGGGCCCCUUCACUUGCCACCAGAGCAGCCAGAAUUCCCUCCUGUCUGAUGGAUUUGGCAGUGGCACUGGUGAAGAUCAACACAGCACCCUUGCCCCAGACCUGGGCCUCGGUGUGGACACCCUGUAUGAACGGGAGCGUGCUUUUGGGAGCCGCGAGCCCAAGCAGCCACAGCCUGUGCUCAGGAAGCCCUCCGUGUCCCCCCAGAUGCCGGCCUAUGGGCAGGGCAGCUACUCCACGCAGACCUGGGUGCGCCAGCAGCAGAUGGUGGCCGCUCACCAUUACAGCUUCGCCCCCGAUGGGGACGCCAGGCUCAGCAGCCGUGGCCCAGCAGACAGUUCCAUCCUAGCGCAGGCCCAGCCCAGGGUCCCAGUCACCCCUACCCGAGGGGCCAGCAGCAAAGUGGCUGUCCAGAGGGGCAUAGGCCCCGGGCCACAUGCCCCUGACACACAGCGUCCUCCUCCCGGCAAAGUGUUCAAGCCCAGGUUUCCAGAUGUCAAAGUCAUGAAUGGGACUGGCCUGGAGCAGAGCGCAGACCCCUCCCCCGGCUCGCCCACCCUGGACAUAGACCAGUCUAUUGAGCAGCUCAACAGGCUGAUCUUGGAGCUGGACCCCACCUUCGAGCCCAUCCCCACCCACAUGAACACACUGGGCGGCCAGACCAAUGGCCCCGUGCCCCCGGACAGCAUGGGAGGCGGGCUCCGCGCAAGUGGCCGCCUUCAGGACACCGGAGAAGGCCUGAGCAGGGCCCCCGCGAGGCAAGCCACCUCAAGUGACGAGCCCCUGGGCGUAAGAUUCCGGAAGCUGAGCAUUGGGCAAUAUGACAACAGUGCUGAGGGGCAGCCAGCCUUCUCCAAAUGCGGAUGGGGAAAGGCCACCAGCGCCGACCAGGCUCCAAGCCUGGCACCGUUCCUCUCUCCAACAGACACCAAAGAGACAGUGGUCACCGCGUAUCCCCCAGACCUCGAUGGGAUUGAUGGCAGGAUCUUCUCUCCAACCAAAAGUGGCAGUGAGUCCAUUUCUUCCACACCAGCGUUCCCAGUGUCUCCAGAAACACCAUACGUGACAGCCUCCCCACAUCAUCCCCCAUUCAGCCCACCCAGGCCACAGAUGGGCAGCGCCGGCAGUCUAUACAAAGGAGCUCAUGAACCACGAGGCUGCCCUGAGCUCCUCAGUCACCCUGUGGGGAUGUCAGAGAGCCCCGCCGGACCCAACCCCGCCAUGCUCCGGGCCGACAUGCCACCGGCACCCUCCUUUCAGCGGGCGUUCCCAUCCUCCUGCACCACUGCCAGCAGCAGCCCCGGCCAGCGGAGGGAGAGCCCUUCCUCUGCUGAGCACCAGUGGGUGGAGACCAGCCCCAAAUCCACGCUGACCCUGCUGGGGAGCGGCCGUCCCGCAGGAGGCCUCCUUAGCGCCAGCGAGUUCCCCGGCCCCGGCAAGGACAGCCCCGCGCGGCCCCAUUUCCCACCUGUGGAGCUCCAGGCCUCUUUCCACAGCCACGAGCUGUCCUUGGCGGAGCCACCAGAAGCUCUGGGUCCUCCGAGCGGCCAGGCCUUCCUGAGCUUUGGCGCUGCCCCCAUGGGAAGUGGCCUUCCCCCUGGGGAGGACCCAGGGGCCGUGUUGGCCAAUUCCCACAGUGCAUCCCAGGCCCCCGGCAACCCGCGGACAGCAGCGGCGGCUGCCGACAAUGGCUUCCUGUCCCACAACUUUCUCACGGUGGCGCCUGGACACAGCGGCCACCAUAGUCCGGUCCUGCAGGGCCAGGGGCUGACCCUGCCUGGGCAGCCGCCCCUUCCUGAGAAGAAGCGCGCCUCGGAGGGAGACCGCUCCUUCGGCUCCGUCUCUCCCUCCUCGAGUGGCUUCUCCAGCCCCCACAGCGGGAGCACCAUGAGCAUCCCUUUCCCAAAUGUCCUUCCGGACUUUUCCAAGGCUUCGGAGGCUGCAGCACCUUCUCCAGAUAAUCCAGGUGAUAAGCAUGUGUCCGUGAACUUUGUCCAAGACACAUCCAAGUUCUGGUACAAGGCGGAUAUCUCCAGAGAGCAAGCCAUCGCCAUGCUGAAGGACAAGGAGCCUGGGUCGUUCAUCGUCAGGGACAGCCACUCCUUCCGAGGCGCCUACGGCCUGGCCAUGAAGGUGGCCACUCCCCCGCCUUCGGUCUUGCAGAUGAACAAGAAAGCUGGAGAUUUGGCCAAUGAACUUGUUCGGCACUUUUUGAUUGAGUGUACCCCAAAGGGUGUGCGGUUGAAAGGGUGCUCAAAUGAACCGUAUUUCGGGAGCUUGACGGCUCUGGUGUGUCAGCAUUCCAUCACGCCCUUGGCCUUGCCCUGCAAGCUGCUCAUUCCAGACAGAGAUCCGUUGGAGGAAAUAGCCGAAAGUUCUCCCCAAACGGCGGCCAACUCAGCGGCCGAGCUGCUGAAGCAGGGGGCAGCCUGCAAUGUGUGGUACCUGAACUCUGUGGAGAUGGAGUCCCUUACCGGCCACCAAGCUGUCCAGAAGGCCCUGAGCAUCACCCUUGUCCAGGAGCCGCCUCCCUUGUCCACAGUCGUGCACUUCAAGGUGUCAGCCCAGGGCAUCACCCUGACGGACAAUCAGAGGAAGCUCUUCUUCCGGAGGCACUACCCCGUGAGCAGCGUGAUCUUCUGUGCAUUGGAUCCGCAAGACAGGAAGUGGAUCGCAGACGGCCCGAGCUCGAGAGUCUUUGGAUUUGUGGCCCGGAAGCAAGGCAGUGCCACAGACAACGUGUGCCACCUGUUUGCAGAGCAUGACCCUGAGCAGCCCGCCAGCGCCAUCGUCAACUUUGUGUCAAAGGUCAUGAUCGGCUCCCCUAAGAAGGUCUGAGCCCUUUACAGCCCAGUGACUCCUGAGGGCUAGGGCGGCCCCCACUGUGUAGCCAACUGUGACCCUGACAUCCCCAGCCCAGGAGGGGACGGGGCUCCUCCAACUUGACAAACAGAAGAACAAAUAGCCCCGCCGUUACUGGCCUCUCCCAAAAGAAACUGCUCCCCGACACUUUUCUGUCACCGAGCGCUUUCUGAGUGGAAGAAGGCAGCACCAGGUGCACCCUCCCAGGCUCCAUGCUGGAAAGGACCAUUCAAGGAGACGGGGUCCCUGUGUCACUUGCACGAUGGUCUUUGUGGCAAGGAGGGGCACCCAGUGGUGCUGUGCUCUGCUAUGGCCCUGAGUGACCAGCGGCGCCUCACCGUCACCGUCGCCAUCACAGAGUGCUCCUGUCCAUCUGACGCCCCAGAGGGAGGCCUCUGUCCUCCCACGAUGAAGAUGCUGAUGAAAUUGAGAGGGAGUGCAUGUUUGAUGAAGGUUCGUGCAGGUCAGGCCCUUCCGGAAUGCUGGCGUCAUGAGCAAGGGGACAACAUGAUGGGCUGUGAGGACGAGGGAGAUCACCUGAUCACUCAGGGAGGGGCUCUGUGAUGCCAAAGAGCCUCACCCUCGUGUGGCGACAGCUCUGGCCUCCCGCUCACACUCCUGGUCUGCGUGGUGCGCUGGGCCGUGAGAGGAAAAAGUAAGAAGAUGGAAGUAAAACGCCAUUUCCAAAUAAUUUAUAUUUUACUUAUGCCAAAUUAUUUAUGAUAACAAUUUGCCAUUGCUCUCCUCUACUGGUGUCUAAAUGCUGCAGCUGCCAGGCUGGGGUUUUAGGAGGAGCAUCCGUCCCGUGUCAGAUGCACCCGAGAUAGAGGGUGCAUCACUCGUCAACGAUGCUGUGGACCAUCUCCCACGUGCAGCUACCAAAAGGCGGUUUUGCCUCAGGCAUCCUACCCCAACAUUGAUCAUCGAUAUGUCAUCUCCAGGCUGCAGAUGCCGUCUUUUCUGGGGAGGAAGGUUCUGGAAGGGUGGGACACACUUCGGUGUACACUCAGCUGUUCUUGGUCAUCUUGGGGCCAGGUAGAGAUUGCCCAGAGCACUGCUGCCUUUUGGAAGCUCUCGUCUGUCUCGUCCACACCUAUUGACUCCUGUUGGGAUCUUGUGUGUCUCUGGCAUCCUGAGCAGGGAGAGGAAGAUGAGAAUGAACCUCAGUCCUUCCAGGCUAUUUUUGAAGGCCACUUUUCUGCACCACCUUAGCCCGGCAUCGGGUGCGCUGUAUACGCUGACACGAGUAUUGCAGUGCCGUGGUCUGUCUGCCUGAAUCCAUCCAUGGUCAGAGGUUUGGGAGAAGCCGAUGGUCCUAUAAAUCCCCUGGAGUGAGAGAUGGAGCUGGGCAGCAUCGUGAUAACGUCCUGGUCUCCCUCCCCAUAACCCAGGGCACGCCACAGGCCCUCGAUCCACCAUGAACAGGCCACUCGGCUCUGUUUUCCACAUUAGGCACCAGCUCUCCCAUCGCCCAGGAAUCACUGGCGUUGGGAUCGUGCUGGAGUUUGGAAAUGUGCUUUGUGAAUUCUCUGUUUUGAAGUGGGGCAGAGACAGACUUGGCGAUGAGCAGAGUUGCAGUCGCCGAAUUGCAGUGGGCAUUGUGUGCGUGCGUGUGUGUGUGUGUAUAAAAGUAGGUGAAUGAACGAGUCCACUGUUUAGCUCCUAUUGAUGCACCAAACGCAAGUGCCUCAUUUCUGUGCCAAAUGUUUGCCUUGGUCUUUGAGGACCUUCUUUCCUGACACGUGUUGGCGUGGCUGUUAAAGGGAACGUGCUGACAUCUCCCAGGGCCCUGAGGUCUUGGUCCUUGGUGGAGGCAUCUAGCAUUUUCGUUUUUCACUCACUGCAGGAAUCCGGCCCAGGGGACUAAGGUUUGUGCUGUCCCCAAGAGGUGCCUCAUCCUGAGAUGGCUUAUACCCAAGUUUGACCCAAAGACUGCAGGCUGGGUCCCUUAUCCUCCUGAUGUGGGAAGAGAGGGCUCAUGUAGAAAUCAGAGCGAGGGAGGAGCAUGGGACUCAGGAGCAUGAGCUGCCGGAAUCACAGACAUCAGGGCCUCCCGCAGCAGUCCUCGUCAGAGCGUUCGAGAGGCCACGCACGUUUGCCUUUUAAACCGACCUUUACUCUCAGUGGUCAAGGGUGUCCGGAAGUUUGCUCCAAGCAAAUGGCUCCCGCUGAGGAGCCAAAGGAAGCCGAUACCCCAGUUUCUGACGAGCUGGUACGACAGGUCUCUUCGUGUGUUACAUGUGCUUUUAAACGGAACAAGAUGAGUCCAUGAACUUUGUGCUCAGACUGCGGCGAGCCCCACCGCCAGUUCUGGCUCCUGGGCACACAGGGGAAGGAAGCUUUGCCAGGCAUCUAGCCUCUGGGUCACCAGUGGGCACAGGGGUGCUGUCCCGGGGAGUUCGCGAGAACAGCACCCCACGAGGGUCGCAGCCAGGGUCCUGUUAACCUGCUCAUUAACCAUGCGCUGUACUCCUCCAGUGUUAACCUAUAACCAUGUUAAGUCCUACCGCAUUUAAGGGUCUCCGUGUGUAUCCUCAGCAUCAAAGACCUCGUCGUGUCUCCUAAUCUGCCUUACCUAUUAGUGGGUAUUUUUACUUUUCUUAUAUUGUAAAAAAUAUAUCCAGUAUGUAAAUGAAUGUCCUAUAAAUCCUUUGUAUAGUCAUUUUCUCUGCUCUUUAAAUAUCAUCUCUAUUCAGAGUAUAAUAAAAUUAUAAACUUGGUAAGCCUCA